AUGAGAGGCUGGUAUCAUGAUGGGAGUAAUUUAGAGGAUGCUUGUUUAAGAAUGGAUGGUGCUGAAGUUGUGUGGCCUUCCUGGAGAAGUAAAAACCUUGCAGUGCAGCCUCUGAUCCAACCUUUACCUGCUGCCUUGCUGCAGGACCGCCUGAUUGCGAUGUCACAGAUAGCACGUGACCAGGAACAUCCGGAUGUCACUAUUCCUCUGCAACCUGCUGAGUUACGAAGCUGUUCUGCAACAAGUGCAUCUCUAUCUUUGAUGCAUGGAAUGCUCCAUGAUGAGAUUGACUCUUUCUGUAAACAGGUUGCCUCAGAAAACAUGGCAAGGAGGCCUUACAUUAAUUGGGCUGUCAAGAGAGUUACCCGAUCUCUGCAGGUUCUAUGGCCAAGAUCCAGGACAAACAUAUUUGGUUCCAAUGCCACUGGUAUGGCUCUUCCAACAAGUGAUGUUGACCUCGUGGUUUGUCUCCCUCCAGUGAGAAACCUGGAACCUAUUAAAGAAGCUGGAAUAUUGGAAGGUCGUAAUGGUAUUAAAGAAACAUGUCUUCAGCAUGCAGCUAGGUAUCUUGCCAAUCAGGAAUGGGUAAAGAAUGAUUCUCUAAAGACAGUGGAAAAUACUGCUAUACCUAUUAUUAUGCUCGUGGUGGAAGUACCCCAGGAUGUUAUCACUUCAUCAGCUCCUAUGUUAAACUCAUUAAAGGAAGAGCCACAGUGUACAACUGGUGAACAUGAUUCCAAAUCAGUUCGUGUUGACAUCAGCUUUAGGUCCUCAUCACAUACAGGACUCCAAACUACAGGAAUGGUCAAGGAGUUGACGGAACAAUUUCCUGCUGCUACUCCUCUUGCUUUGGUGCUAAAACAGUUUUUAGCAGAUCGAAGCCUUGAUCAGUCCUACUCUGGUGGCUUAAGUUCUUACUGUUUGGUAUUAUUAAUUAUACGUUUUCUUCAGCAUGAGCACCAUCUUGGCCGGCCGAUCAACCAAAAUUACGGAAGUCUUCUGGUGGAUUUUCUUUACUUUUUUGGGAAUGUGUUUGAUCCCCGUCAAAUGCGGAUAUCAGUGCAGGGAAGUGGACUUUAUAUAAAGAGAGAAAGAGGUUGUAGCAUUGAUCCAAUUCACAUAGAUGAUCCUCUUUUUCCAACAAAUAAUGUGGGAAGGAAUUGCUUCAGAAUCCAUCAAUGUAUUAAGGCAUUUUCAGAAGCUUAUAUUGUUUUUGAAAAUGAACUUACGCUCCUAAAUGGUGAUGGCAAAUCUUGCUCUAAGCCAUCUUACAGACGCUUCCCAUCCAUUUUCAAAUCUCAUCUCCUUAAAAUCAAUUCCUUGUAUUGA